CAAAGACCUCAGCCUUGUUAGACCCAACACUAUUAAAUGGAAGCCUCCGGUCGAGAAUAGAAUCACCAUUAAUUUGGCUACUACCCAAACUGGUCUUUCUCAUAGUACGGCCUUCCUUGUUAGGAAUCAUAAGGGCGAUCUUAUUGGUCAUGAUUGCCAUAGGACAAUGGCUAAAUCUCCCCAACAUGCUAUCAUUACUUGCAUCCUUUAUGCCUUAAUAUUUUGCAGUGAUAAUCGGUGGGUGAUUGAUUCCAUUCAAAUUGAUGACAAGAAGGCCGGUCGAGCAAUUAAGACGCACUGUGUUGGUUAUUGGGAUGAUAUCUACACUAUUACUCGCAUUAGGAGGAUCUUGAAUCGGCAAUCCAUUCCCCUCGAGGUCAUUAACAAAGCAGUCAACCGGGCAGCUCAGUAUAUCAGUAAAGGAAACAACUCACAAACUACUCAUUUCACGAAUAUCUUGAAAUUUGAUGCUAUUGGAUUCCCUUAUGUAAUUCUAUAACUCUGGGAGUAGGCAUUGGUUUGGUCCUCCUACUUUCUGUAACUUCCUUUUUAUUUAAUAAAUUACUUUUGUGUAAAAAAAAAUAUAUAAGAAAAAUAAUUUUCGCCCCCUCAAAAAAU